AGACCAUUGUGAUGAAUGACUGUAUUAUCCGAGGGGAUCUGGCAAAUGUAAGAGUUGGACGCCAUUGUGUUGUGAAGAGUCGUAGUGUCAUAAGGCCACCAUUCAAGAAAUUCAGUAAAGGCGUUGCAUUCUUUCCAUUACAUAUUGGGGACCAUGUCUUUAUUGAGGAAGAUUGUGUGGUCAACGCAGCUCAGAUUGGUUCCUACGUUCAUGUUGGCAAGAACUGUGUGAUUGGGCGCCGGUGUGUGUUAAAAGACUGCUGCAAAAUUCUUGACAACACAGUAUUACCUCCAGAAACUGUGGUCCCACCAUUCACUGUCUUCUCAGGCUGCCCAGGACUCUUCUCAGGGGAGCUCCCGGAGUGUACUCAGGAGCUGAUGAUUGACGUCACCAAGAGCUACUACCAGAAGUUUUUGCCCCUGACACAAGUCUAGUGUCUCUGUCUCAUGUCUUGGAUUUGCUUGAGCUCUAAGAUGAAUCUGGGGACAAAAUGAGCCAGUCAGCAUCUACAAAGAACUCUUGUGUCUUUGACACCUUCCACCCUCCUUCUUUUAAAAACAUUCUGUAGAAUUUCUCAAUCCUUCAAGGCUCUUAAGAAUUUAAUAACAGAACAGCUGGAGGCGUUGUCUUCAACUGCUGUGCUUACACCUUAUCUAUUAACAGUCACUUCAUACCAUUAUCUGUGGAACACAGAGUCAUCUGUUCCCAACACUGCAACCCCUUGGUCCUGUGGAUGACUUGAUCCUGCCCUGAAACAGGCCUAUAGAACAGCAGUAGCACUCUGCUCUCCCAGCCUGGAGGUCGUGUAGCUGCUAUGCUGCUCAUGGCCAUACACUACGCACACUAAGCCCCAUUCACACAGAGGACGUUCAGCUUUCCUGCUGCUAACACAUUUGGCCAGUUACAAUUGCUCAUGAUCCUGGGGGAAAAAGUGCUUGUGACUUUUCAGAGCCCAGAUUCCUAUUGGCUAUUAAAACUUGAAGAGAGGGCUG